GGAUCAGAUCUGGCUUCAGAUUAGAUAUAUUGUGCGAAAUUAUUGAUAUUUCCAAGCAAAAUGUCAUUCCCGAGGUCUUCCCAAACCGUGAUAAUGACGUCAAAGUCAGUGAACUCUUGUUUUGGACUUGGAACUUUAUUAAGUAAACCCCGUUUCUUGAAUUUAUGUUUUUCAGGGCGAGUAUCCAGUUGGCCUCCUGCCGGUUAAUCGAAAUAUCAACAAUAAUGGCCCUCGUGCUAUUUGUGGAUCCAAUAAUGGAGGCAACAUGUUUGGUACUACCACCCCCACCACAUCUCGCAGAACACCAAAUGCUCGCAUUAAAAAUCUGCCCAGGAAGGAAACUCUGGCCGAUGGUACCGAUGUUGAGAUCGAUUAUCUUAAUGAGGAGGAUUAUGGAUUUGUUUUCAAACUGUUUAAAAAUGCUGGUGAGAAAGGAGAAGGGUACAGUAAUGAGGAAUUUGUAGACUUCAAUUCAUUUGUUAAAAUGGUAAAAAGGGAUCCAUAUUUUACAUUGAUGGACACCGCCAACAAGAAGAUUAUUGGUGCAGUAAGCGUGCACCCCUCUCGUCUGCUUAGAUCUGCAAAUGGUGUUUUAGCAGGUGGAAACGCAGUAGUAAAUCCGGAAUAUCGCAACAGAAAAUGUAAUUUAAUCAUCGUCAAGAUCCAUUUCGAUUUCGCCAAGGAGUUGGGAUUUCAUGGUUUCUUGGGAGAGACAUUUGCCAUAAAUAAAGCUGUGAGAAAAAGUGCUGAGACGAUUGGCAUAACUGUUGUUGGUUACAUCCCCAAAAGUGCAUAUUUAUACAGACGUGGUUGGGUGAACAGUCUUGCUAUGUAUACGCCAAUAAGUGAUGAAUACAAACUAGACGACGUCAGACUUGUUAUGCCAAACGAUGAGUUUCUGACGAGUAAGAUCUUAGAUCCACGAGGUAAAGUGGAUCCAUGGAAUAAUAAAGUCACCUCUUUGCCAAGAACAUUCAAUGUUCAAGACGGGAGAGAAUUUACAGCUCGCUCCGCCGAGGAGACAGAAUAUUUCGAGGUGUAUAAUAUCAUCAAAGAUGCUGCUGAUGACGGAGUUGGGUUUGGAAUUGACGAUUUCCCAACGUUUGAGUAUUUUGUGGAUUGUAUGGCACGUGGACAUGUAUUCUGUAUCACAGAAAAGGCAUCUGACAAAAUAGUCGGCAUGUUUACUUGUAUACCAAGUAAAUAUUCCAGAACGCCAAAUUCCCCAUUCGCCGCUGGUCCAGCUAUUAUGAAAGAUGGAUAUAGAGGUAUCGGUAUCUAUGGGAACAUUCGAGAGAUAUCAGAGGAUAUUGCCAAGGAGCUUGGUUAUCAGGGAAUUCUGGGAGACAUGCUUGAAAUAAACCAACCAAUCAUAGACAGUUAUGAACGUUAUGGAUACAAACUGGUUGCUAGGAUACCAAGGUCUUCUUUUGUGAAAGGGGAAGGUUGGGUUGCUGCAGUUGCAUUCUACAAGCCAUUCUCAUGAAAUGGUAAACAUGACAUGACAUGAUCUACAUUUACUCUAAGAAACCGCAUCAUUUGUUACCCUUGAUCGUGCCAUAAUCUAUAUUCUCCAAAAUGUGACAUUCCAAAGUCUAUGCCAAAUGCAUUAGAAAUGCAUUGAUAAUUUGCAAUAAAAAUUGUUAUCCACAUAACAGCAAAAUGUUGCAAACAUAAUGCGGUUGCCUCUACCCCAAAUGAAUUUGUGAUUCAAUAUUUUUCUUCUAUUAAAAUUUUUAGAGCUAAAAACCAAAAAA